GAGACACCAGGGCGCAAUCUUAUCAGGUGUGCCAGGCCAAGCAGUCAAUGUACCGCCUAGUCAUCCCGGGUGCUCGGGUCGUUCAAUUUCUGGCAUACCCGCUCUUGUUUACCUGAGGUUGAUAUCCUUAAUGUUAUCUCGCUGUCAAGAAGACGGACGGAAGAAACCGCUCUUGAGUGUCGUUCUUGGCUCUUGGAGGCGAGCCGCAUCGGUUGCACUAUUGGCAAUGAAAUGGUUUCUUCGGCAGCAGGGCCGCCUCGGGGCCUCCCGGAACAGGUUAUCGGGACCGGUUGCUACCACGGACCACGGUGGGGCCUGAAUAAGCUCAGGAUGUGCAGCAGGUGCGGCUCCAAUGCUGUCGCGACGACGGAGGAAAUGGCCCGGGAGAACGCACAACUUGACGAUGAACGGCGAUGAGUUCGAUCAAAGGAAAAUUUGCUCACUUCCAGGAACGGCCGACUGUGGAGGCGGCCGUGUCCUCGUCUCGAACUUGUGAGGUUAUCGCGAGGUUGACAGGUUUCGACCGAACCUCGCUUGGUCGGUGAGCUUCCACAGGAUCGGGUCUGGAUUCGCCAAGCCACACGCGCAGACCCUCAAUAAUCUUUGACAUGGCAACAUCGGACCGUGCAACAUCGGCUCAUUUUCUGACAUUCGAAACUCGAAGCCUCACAAGCUCAUUGUGGAAACUGCCGAUAAUGCUUCUACAUCUCGAUCCAGCGCGCGCAGGGGCCUCGAGACCCAUUUUCUUGGAAAUCGCGCUUCGCUGACAUUCUAAGGUUCUUCUGGGUUCCCCGGGCCCUGGUUUCGGCAUGGGUCUCGGCCGAGUCCCAGCCGGGGCUUGCAGCGAGGACAUGUACGUCUGCGGGCAAGCUCCCCUCGAAUGCCUGGUUCGCGAGAUGCAACGGACACAACCCUGGAAGAAGACAUGCCCGCGGUGUGGCUCAGAAUUCAAGGAACAAGCGGUAGGCCCCUGUCCGGCAGGAACAAGGGAUGGAAUCAGUUGGUUCCUCGCGCCGACGUCAGGAACAUCAUGGUGUGGUUCAGGGAGCAGGGUCGAGGAGAUGAACAGUGCUCCUCGGACACUGCCAGCCAUGACAGCGGCUACGCCGGAAAUGCAGGCGCAAGUCCCACAUUGCAGUUCAAUGACAGGCGAAGCUGGAUAAGAUAUGGUCCCAUUUCCCCGUCAGCCUUCGGGCCUGGGGCGGAUGCGGGUCGGGCGUCAUCUAGCAACGUUGCUGUCUCGCCGUCGCAGUCAGUCAGUCAGUCAGCAAUGUGAAAAGGAUGACUCUGACUGCAGGGACCGGAAGGUGGGAGGGAGGCUUGACGGCCACGGAGCUCGCGAUGCUUAUACAAAGCCGGCCUGGCGCUUCCAAUGGCACCGGCUCGAAGUGCUGUCGACGGCCUCACGUAGCUAGCCAAUGGACUUGCACCAAGGAACUAGCUGCCGAGACAUGGGAUGGCUGGGAUUGCUGACCGAUGUCGCCAUGCCCUAGCUGAUCCGAUCGGAACCGUCGGUCUCGACGUUGAGGCUACGACGCGCUUAUCAUGAUAUCAGCAGGACGGACGCUGUUGGGUUACUACUGUCUUGACAGACGAGAGUCGUGCGGAAGGUUUUGAGCCUCAUGGACGAUCCUGGACAAAAUGUGCCGACAUAUGGGCGCCGAUCUUCCCAUCUUUUGGCCAAGCACUGCAAGCUGGGCAGACCGGCCGCAAUAGGCC